UAUCUGCAUGAUGGCUUUUGGAGAUGAAAGUAUCUAACAGCUUUGCUAACUUUCAAGGUAGAGGUACACACCACUAAUGGAAGGAAUUUUCCUACAAACAAUCUGACUAACUUUGUCAAGACCUUCCUUGAAGAGCACCUCGGAGUUCACACUACUUAGAUACUAUCAGAUAUAAGAAGGUUAUGGAGUACCUUCAAACAAUUAUUAAUCAGAUCUACAAGUUGCCCAAUCAAUGGCCCAGAGUAUCAAGAAGUUUAGAGUACUCCUCACUGAUUCUAGCUUUGAAGGAGGGGAGCUCACUCUGACCCUGAAGCGAAGGAGAAGACUUACUCUUGACAAGUAUUCCGAAGCUAUUGAUGGAAUGUAUAUAGAUCAGGAUGUGAUUUUCAGACUCUAA